GACAAAGAGCGGCGGGCAAGACGGCAUUAUAUACCCAUGAUGGGGGCGGUGAGUUUACGCUAGCCACAAGCGAGAUUGUGACUGGCCAAUCAUCACUGUUCUCCGUCUCUCCAACAUGCCUGCCUUACUCCCAAGGCCGCAAGAUUGAAGUCAUGUGCUACGCGAGUCACGUGCACUACCGGCCGCGAAGUUUUGGCCGCCGGCGAUAGUCACGGAAGAAAGACAGCAGCAAGCUGAACAGGAGCAGCCAAACUCACAACCCCAAUCCUCGUCCCCAGCUCGCCGCCAUCAUGAGGAACAGGGCGACUACCUCGUUGAAUAAACCGAAAAUCCGGCAAUCAUGGAGUAAAUAUAACCUGUACAACCUCAGUCGCAUACGCCCCCCCCAUUUCGGCCAGCGUACCUUCUUCCAGCAAAAAUGGGCGUCGAAAUCCAUGGCCCGUGACUAUCACGGUGAACAGGUUCCCGAGAAGAAAUGGCAACGCAUGUUCUCCCCCCGCAUGCGCAGCGUCGUCCCUAUGAGCUCCUUCGAAAUGGCCAAGGAUGACGGUUCUUCCCAGUCGGCCGGACGUGGAUCUGGCCUGGACAAAAAGCCGGGUGCCCCUGAUACCUUAGAGAAAUUCAUCCGGUCCAGGAGAGUGCCGUACACUCAGAUGACGUUCGCCCCGUUGGAGCGUCGGCUUGAUACGGCUAUCUUCCGCGCCAUGUUUGCGAGCAGCGCGAGACAGGCCCGGCAGUUCGUGGUGCAUGGUGCGGUCACAGUCAAUGGCAAGCCGAUGAGAUACCCCGGCUACCUGCUCAAUCCUGGCGACAUGUUCCAGGUCGAGCCCGAACGCGUCAUGUAUGCUACCGGCGCCCCCAAGGAUCGGAACGAGCGACGACAGACCCGUGCGGCCCGGAAGGAGAAGGCAGCUGCCAAGGAGGCCGAGGAGGCUGCGGAGGAGGCUGCAUCUACUGAGGAGGCAAAGGACGAGACUAAGGGCGAGGCCAAGGAGGAGGCUGCGGUGGAAACAGAGUCCCCCCGCGAAACCCUCACGGCUCUCCUGGCUCAGGCCAAGAACAUCAUGUCUAGAAGCAAGGACGUGCUCCCUGCCAAGCGCAAACAGGAGCUGCGUGGGUUUCAAAAGGCCGUCCGUCGAAUCCUGUCUCGCUCUGGAAGCAGCACUGUUCUCACCACCAAUCUCGAGGAGCAGUUCGCUGAGCUGACCACACUUCUCAAGGCCAAGCGCGCUGAAAAGCCGUCCGACAGUAAAGCGAAGGAGGAGAACGGGGAGAACUCCGAGGAGGCUACGGCAGAGAAGCCUUCCACCGAGAACUCUGCGUCCGAAGAUGUUGCCGGGAAGGCACCCGAGAACAGCCCCAUCACUACGCAGCUAGCUGAGGCAUUCCGUCAAGCCACCCAGAACCCGGAACAAGAUGUGGACGCAUCAGAACUCACAGACCACGAAUUCGAGGUGCUGCGCCGGGCGCUCAUUCAGAUGCGCGAUAACCCGAUUGACAGCACCAAGCCCUACGCCACACCCUGGCGGCCGCGUGAGUACAUGAGCGCAUUCGCUAUGAUCCCGCGAUACCUGGAAGUCAAUCACAACAUCUGCGCCGCUGUGUACUUGCGACACCCGGUGGCUCGUCCUGGAUGGACCGAGGUACCAUCGCCAUUCGGAGAAGCUACGCACACUCCGGCGUUUUUGUGGUACUUAAGACGGCGGUAGUUGGGAUUCCUCGUUGGGGGUUUAAUCAUCUGUAUUCUCUCUUCUCUGAUUCUCUGUUUCUGCGGGCUUGUUCCACAGUCUUUAUGUAUUACUGGGUGUCUGAUGUGUUUUUUUUUUCUUUUAUACUUUGAUUUUAUUUUGAUCUGCAUCGUUCGGUGCUAAGCUGUAUUUUUUAUGAUUUGUUGUUUCCCUUAAGCCUACACAGGGGGGGGAGGGCAAAAGUCAUGUCGCAACGGUGUUGGAGCUAGAGGAGCCCACUGUACAUCAUCAAUACAUUCGAAUAUACUAUUGAUCCAUCC